GUUAUGGACGCAUGCUUAGAAAUAAAGAAAGACCCAUCUCUUUAAAGCAGGGUCCUCUUUCAUGUUGUUACGUUCUAUGAUCUGAUUUUUUAAGAUCAAAGUUUAUGUUUCUUAUUUCGUCUAUCUAAGUAUAUAUCUACUAGCUAGUAUCAUUUUCCUCUAAGAUUUGUUGAUAAUCACAAGGCAAUUGAUCUGUUUGUUUUGAAGAAAGAUCAUAGCCUAUUUUGCUGGUUUUUCGUUGUUCACUGUUUGAUCCAGAUCCAGUUUCGUUUUCAAUCAUACAAUUAACUUAAUUACUCGUUCCUUUGCUUCUAAUGGAUUCUGUUUUGACUCUUCACGCAAUGGAACAAUCUGUUGCUGCUCCUAACAAGCAAAUGAGAAUCAAAACCCCAAAGAAAAACAACCGAAGAGGUAAUUUCAAUUCUAACACCUCUGGCUCUGAGAAUUUUGCAGGUCUCUUGAAUCCUCCUCUUCUUCCUCCUCCUUCACGCACCAUGUCUUUGUCCAGCUCCUUCUCCAAACCACUGCUCUCAGUCUCACCUUCUGUCUUCAAUCAUCAAAACGGACAGAACCAGAGCCAGAACCAGAACCAACCACCUCUGCUUCCUCUGCCUCAUGCCUCUGCAAUUUAUCACAACCACCAGCCUCUGCUUUCACGAAGCCAGAGCAGCAGCAAUAUCCAAGGUGGCAGAAGAAACAACGGAACGAAAAACACGUCCCUGACAGCGAAGAAAUCAAAACCAACCAAGCGAGAGGAAGCGAACAAGAGAUCAUCAGCAGCACAAUCUCUGAUAUCCGCUUCCGAGAAUCGGUGGGGACCUGACCCGAAAGACCUUCCCAAGCAUCUGCCUGUUGUUUUGACCUCGAAGGAGGAACCGGUGGACAUGUUUUUAGGAUCCUCGGGUUUCAAUCUGAUUUCGCCACCGCCGAGCAGCUUGCCGCUGCCGAAAUUCUCUCUGAGAUCGAAGCUCAGCUGCAACGCGGAAGCCUCCGCGGCGGGGAGUGUUGUUGAUGACGACGGAGCAACCAAUAAUCUCCGGCGACUUCUACGCCUUAUGUGAAGCUAGCAUGAAUUGUAUGGUAGCUACUUUGUUGGACCACGUUAAUUAUAACUUACUACUUAUAUUAUUAUGUAAAUAAGAAGAUCAGUGAGGGUAGAUUGCUGAUCUGGGUGACUGAUGAACGUCCCUUGUUUAAUUUUUAUCUUUUUUUUUUUGAGUUUGUUUGAUGAAUUUGUGUGCCCUCCAUGUUUUUUUGAAUUGGGGUGCACAUGAAUGGUGUGUGUAGUUUCUUUGAAUGUGUACUAUGCACCAUCAGUUAAUGUACCAUUUCCAUAUGCAAUGUGUAUUUUCUCCUUAUUUUAUGA